GACAUGAACAGUGUGCAUGUUGUUUACCUGUUGUUAUGACAGUUUAGGUGCUAACCUCAAAGUUGUAUAAAAUUUAUAUUUUUUAAUUUCACGAACUUACAAAUAAUAUCAAAAUGGGGAAACGUCAACAUCAAAAGGACAAAAUGUACUUGACAUACACUGAGUGGACUACUCUUUAUGGGGGCAAAAGAUCGGGUUAUACCACCGCGGAAGAGGACUAUUUUAAACGACUACCGUUUGAUCAUUGCUGUCUUUCCUUGCAACCAUGGGAAAUACCUUACUGUGACAUGGAAGGCAAUAUUUUUGAUUUGGAGCCCUUGUUACCCUUCUUGAAAAAAUUUAAGAUAAAUCCAGUCACAGGAAAACCUUUGGAUUUUAGAUCUUUGGUGCAACUUAAUUUCCGCAAGAAUGCAGAAGGUGAAUUUGAAUGUCCUGUCCUUUAUAAACAGUUUACAAAAAGUUCUCAUAUUGUUGCAAUUGCCACCACUGGAAACGUUUAUUUAAUGGAAGCAGUGGAGCAACUUAAUAUUAAGAAUAAAAAUUGGAAAGAUUUAAUCACUGAUACACCAUUUGAACGGAAAGAUAUAAUCACGUUACAAGAUCCACUGGAUUUGAAUAAGUUUAACAUUUCAAAUUUUCACCACGUCAAGAAUAAUCUGAGAAUUGAAACUGAAGAAGAAAUCAACGAGAAAAAUGACCCACAGGCUCACUUAAAAAACGUAAAUCCUGAAACAAAAUAUACCCUUGAGGAACUACAAAGGGACUACAAAGAACCCACAAUUGAAAUAAAUAAAGUUGAAGUUAAAGAGAAAGCAGACAAAUUCAAUGCUGCUCAUUACUCAACGGGGGCUGUGGCUGCCAGUUUCACGUCAACAGUAAUGGUCCCAAAAUUGGUACAUGAAGCUGCAAUAAAACAUGAAGAUGAAGUGAGAUAUGAUAGAGUUAAGAAAAAAGGUUAUGUGAGAUUAAUCACAAAUUUGGGGCCCCUAAACUUGGAAAUUUACUGCGACGACGUCCCACGAGCUUCAGAGAAUUUUAUCAGGCAUUGCGCAAGUGGGUAUUAUAACGGGACAAAAUUUCACAGGUCUAUUAGGAAUUUUAUGAUUCAAGGUGGGGACCCUACUGGGACAGGGACUGGGGGCGAAUCAAUUUGGGGAAAAAAAUUCGAUGAUGAGUUUAGGCCCAAUUUGCAGCAUAUAGGACGUGGGGUCUUGUCUAUGGCUAAUAGCGGGAAAAAUACAAAUGGGUCACAAUUUUUCAUAACAUACAGGUCGUGCAAACAUUUAAAUAACAAACACACAAUUUUUGGACGCUUAGUUGGCGGUAUGGAGACUUUAAAUGAAAUGGAGAAAAUUGAAGUAGACAAUAAGGAUAAACCCAUUGAUAACAUCGUGCUUAUAAGAGCACAAGUUUUUGUUAAUCCAUUUGAAGAAGCUGAUGAACAAUUGGCGAAAGAACGAGAAGAGGAAUUGAAAAGACAGAAGGAUGAAGAAGAGGCGAAAAGACGUAAAGCGGAAGCUCAAAAAACCUUAAAGAUUUAUAAAAGUGGAGUUGGAAAAUAUAUCAAUCCCGAUAAUGUGAAAAAUUCUGCAGUUGAAGACAGUGACAUUAAAGAACCACAAGAGAAGAAGAAGAAAAAAAUGAAAUUUACAUUUAAUGAUUGGUAAAUUGCUGUAUAAAUAAAUUAAUUUUUAAGUA